GUAUACUGAAACAGCAGAUCAGAAUUGUGAAACCAGAGCUAGGGCUGAAAUGUGAUGCUUUUGCUCUUUUGUGCUUGUUGUGGUUCUCAUCUUCCCAUUUAGAGGGCUGCAUACCAUUCAACAGCAUAUUUUGAUCUCAGAUUGAACAAUGCAGCAAUCAAGCCUGAUAAGCCACCUGGAAGUUUUGCUUGAGACGAUUUCUAGUGGGUUUACUGAUCCCUGUGAGCAUCAUGACUGCCUUUAGCACUGUGGAGGAGGACUCGAGUUUCUUAUGAGGGCCCCACUUGGAAAAGCCGGCUGUGCAGAUUCAAGCCUCCGGUUCUGUUCAUGCUAUUCAAAAGCCUUUCCUCACCCUUGCUGAUUUAUUUUUAUGAUUUACAUACACUCCUGUGGAGAUUUACAGAAUGGAUUGUCUGUGCAUUGUCACGACCAAGAAAGGCCAGGAGGAAGAAAAUCCCACAGGUAGAGGCCUUCAGCUGGGACCUUUUCCUGAAAUGGAAUGGACUAAUACACAGAAAUAUCGUUAUCAAGAUGAGGAUGCUCCACAUGACCAUACUUUGCCUCGUUUAACCCACGAAGUGAGAGGCCCAGAACUUGUUCAUGUGUCAGAGAAGAACUUGUCUCAAAUAGAGAAUGUCCAUGGAUACGUCUUACAGUCGCACAUUUCUCCUUUGAAGGCAAGCCCUGCCCCUAUAAUUGUCAACACAGACACUUUGGACACAAUCCCUUAUGUCAAUGGAACAGAAAUUGAAUAUGAAUUUGAAGAAAUUACUUUGGAGAGGGGAAAUUCUGGCCUGGGGUUCAGUAUUGCUGGAGGAACAGAUAACCCACACAUUGGGGAUGAUCCUGGGAUAUUCAUUACUAAGAUUAUACCAGGAGGAGCUGCAGCAGAGGAUGGAAGACUCAGGGUCAACGAUUGCAUCUUGCGAGUGAACGAGGUUGACGUGUCGGAGGUGUCACACAGCAAGGCGGUGGAGGCCCUGAAGGAGGCCGGCUCCAUAGUGCGAUUGUACGUCCGGCGAAGGAGACCUAUACUGGAGACCGUCGUAGAGAUCAAGUUGUUCAAAGGACCGAAAGGUCUAGGAUUCAGUAUUGCAGGAGGGGUGGGAAACCAACACAUCCCUGGGGACAACAGCAUUUAUGUCACUAAGAUUAUUGAUGGGGGAGCUGCACAAAAAGAUGGGAGAUUGCAGGUUGGAGAUAGACUUCUUAUGGUAAAUAAUUACAGUUUAGAAGAAGUUACCCAUGAAGAGGCAGUAGCAAUACUGAAGAACACAUCAGAUGUAGUGUAUCUGAAAGUUGGAAAGCCCACCACCAUUUACAUGACAGAUCCAUAUGGCCCACCAGAUAUUACUCACUCUUAUUCUCCACCAAUGGAAAAUCAUAUACUCUCUUCUGGAAACAAUGGCACUUUAGAGUACAAGGCAUCCCUGGCCCCUAUCUCCCCAGGAAGAUACUCACCCAUUCCAAAGCACAUGCUUGUGGAGGACGACUACACCAGGCCUCCUGAACCUGUUUACAGCACUGUGAACAAACUGUGUGAUAAACCACCUUCUCCUAGGCACUAUUCCCCUGUCGAGUGUGACAAAAGCUUCCUUCUUUCAGCUCCCUACCCCCACUACCACGUAGGCCUGCUCCCUGACUCUGAGAUCACCAGUCAUUCCCAGCACAGCACUGCAACACGUCCCCCCACAGUGAGCUUGCAGCGGACCAUUUCUGUGGAAGGAGAGCCUCGAAAAAUCAUCCUGCACAAGGGCUCCACAGGACUUGGUUUCAACAUUGUGGGAGGUGAAGAUGGGGAAGGCAUUUUCGUGUCUUUCAUCCUGGCAGGUGGGCCAGCGGAUCUCAGCGGAGAGCUGCAGCGAGGGGAUCAAAUCUUGUCUGUGAACGGCAUUGAUCUCCGCGGUGCUACCCACGAGCAGGCUGCGGCUGCGCUCAAAGGAGCGGGGCAGACGGUAACCAUCAUAGCACAAUACCAGCCAGAGGAGUACGCUCGAUUUGAGGCAAAAAUCCAUGACCUGCGUGAGCAGAUGAUGAAUCACAGCAUGAGUUCUGGGUCUGGCUCCCUGAGGACUAAUCAGAAGAGGUCACUGUAUGUCAGAGCCAUGUUUGACUAUGACAAGAGCAAAGACAGUGGCCUCCCAAGCCAAGGACUGAGUUUCAAGUAUGGAGAUAUCCUUCACGUCAUCAACGCCUCCGAUGAUGAAUGGUGGCAGGCGAGGAGGGUCACUCUGGAGGGGGACAGUGAGGAGAUGGGAGUUAUACCCAGCAAGAGGAGAGUUGAAAGAAAGGAGCGUGCACGUUUGAAGACAGUGAAAUUCAACGCGAAACCCGGUGUAAUUGAUGCAAAAGGGUCAUUCAAUGACAAGCGUAAAAAGAACUUCAUCUUUUCACGAAAAUUCCCAUUCUACAAGAGCAAGGAGCAGAGUGAGCAGGAAACAAGUGAUCCAGAACGAGGCCAAGAGGACUGCAUCCUUUCUUAUGAACCUGUCACAAGACAGGAAAUUAAUUACACCAGGCCGGUUAUUAUUCUGGGUCCUAUGAAAGAUCGGAUCAACGAUGAUUUGAUAUCUGAGUUCCCUGAUAAGUUUGGGUCAUGUGUACCACAUACCACACGGCCAAAGCGUGACUAUGAAGUGGAUGGGAGAGAUUAUCAUUUUGUCAUUUCAAGAGAACAAAUGGAAAAAGAUAUCCAAGAGCACAAAUUUAUAGAAGCUGGGCAGUACAAUGAUAAUUUGUAUGGAACUAGUGUCCAGUCUGUGAGAUUUGUGGCAGAAAGGGGCAAGCACUGUAUACUUGAUGUGUCAGGAAAUGCUAUCAAACGACUACAAGUUGCACAACUCUAUCCCAUUGCUAUCUUCAUUAAGCCCAAAUCAUGGGAGCCUCUGAUGGAAAUGAAUAAACGUCUUACAGAGGAGCAAGCAAAGAAAACUUAUGAUCGAGCAAUUAAAUUAGAACAAGAAUUUGGAGAAUAUUUCACAGCUAUUGUCCAAGGAGAUAGCUUAGAAGAUAUAUAUAAUCAAUGCAAACUUGUAAUUGAAGAACAAUCUGGGCCUUUCAUCUGGAUUCCUUCAAAGGAAAAAUUAUAAAUUAGCCACUGCACCUCUGAUUACGACGGGAGAAUAUUUAGAAGAAAACUAUAAUAUACUAUUUGGAGGCUUUCCUUUUUUUUGUUGCAUUUAUGUUCUUUGCAGUCAAUGUGAAUUUUGAUGAAUGUACAACACAAAGUGUUUGAAGCCAUGAAGGACACUGAUGGGUCAAAGGGUAGGAACAAAAAGACUUCUACCAUAUAAAGCAAAUCUGUUGUGUGCUCAGAGCACAAGUUGUAGGUAUAAACUUUUGACGUGGAGACCCUCUGUCAAGGGGAGCUAAGCCACCUCCUGUGCCCACGUGGACAUUUUGAUCAAUUUCAAUGGCUGAGCUCAGUGUGUUGAUUGCUUUAGAGAAGUUCCCAGCUCUUGAACCUCACAGCGGGCUUGAUCCUGCAAGGCGCUCAGCACUUGACCCCAGUUCCUACACACGAGUAGCCUGUUGACUUGGAGUCAUCUGUGACCCUUCCCUAUGCCGUUCAGUCCCACCAGUUCCAGUAGGACUAUUCCCGUGCUCAAAGCUAGGCACAGGCUUAAGCAUUUUUGCUAGAUCAGGGCCACAUGCACCUUGCAAAAUCAAGCUCAGAGUAUUUGGUCCACUUCCUACUGAGGUCACUGUUGGGACACUCUGUGACCUGACUGGGAGGUGGGUCCUGUUCCAAGCUUGUCAUUGCACAUUUGUAGUUGUAACACCUCGACUUUGGUAACUAUGCACAUCUUUUGAUUUCUGAAACCAAGUCAAACUCUUUUUUUUUUCCCCCUUUGGAAGCACUAUUUCAUCAAGAACUACCAACAAUAUGGUUUAUUUUAAUGGUGUUUAGGGGUGGGAGAGGAUGGUAGCAUUUCGCACCACACAUAUGUGCACUCAAAACACAUUCCCAUGCAGACAGACACAUGUAUGAGGAUUCACAGCACCUGUGUUAACAAGGAGGGAUACAACUGGGAAAAGCUUUAAAAUUUUUGAUUGUCUAUUUUAUCAUUUAUAUUGAUAGAAGGCACUUAAAGAUGGAAUAAUUUAUAAAAAUAAAAAUAUAUUGAUGUAUAGAAAC